AUGCUUAUACUUGUUGCUUUGAGGAAUUUACACUUCAAGAAUAUUGUGCACUGUGAUUUAAAACCAGAAAAUGUACUACUAGCAUCUGCAGAGCCAUUCCCUCAAGUGAAGCUGUGUGAUUUUGGCUUUGCACGUAUCAUUGGUGAAAAAUCUUUCAGGCGCUCUGUGGUGGGGACACCUGCUUAUCUUGCCCCUGAAGUGCUCAGGAGUAAAGGUUACAACCGCUCCCUAGACAUGUGGUCUGUUGGAGUUAUUGUCUAUGUGAGCCUUAGUGGUACAUUCCCAUUUAAUGAAGAUGAGGAUAUAAAUGAUCAGAUUCAAAAUGCAGCAUUUAUGUACCCACCAAAUCCUUGGAAGGAAAUCUCUAGUGAAGCCAUUGAUUUAAUAAACAAUUUGCUUCAAGUCAAGAUGAGGAAACGUUUCAGUGUUGACAAAUCCCUUAGUCACCCGUGGUUACAGGAUUAUCAGACUUGGCUUGACCUCAGAGAGUUUGAAACACGCAUUGGAGAGCGUUACAUUACCCACGAGAGUGAUGACGCACGCUGGAAGGAACAUGCGUAUGAACACAACCUUGAAUACCCCCAGCAUUUUAUUAUAGCUCCGAAUCCAGAUGACAUGGAAGAGGACCCUUGAUUUAGUCAUAGUGCUAAACUGCAGCAAAGGCCGACACCCCAGACAGAAGCUGAAGAUAAGUUUUGGAACAAUUGUCGCUCUUUCUGAAUGCUUUACAUGUAGUUCAGCAUACAGAGCCUCAGAGGAUCCUGUGUUGACGUGGGAAUAGACUGUCAUCCGACAAGCUUUCCUCCAGCUCUGACCUAAACUAUGAAUGGUUUUUGGACAGUGGGAUAAGCCCAUUGGGUAACGCUGCACCCAGUUGUAUGGCUACAAAGCCAUUACUGAAGUGUGAUGUGUACAGAUGGAAUGCUUUGCGUUUUUCAAGGUUUUCUUUUUUUUUUUUUUGUAGCCUACACAGUAAGAAUUUUGUAAUGGUUUUCUAAUCCCUAUUUAUCCCUAUUUACUAGGCCAUAGAAGACUGUUUUUUGUUACUUAGAUACAUCUCCUGUUUCUUAGACUGUGCAUUGUGAAAAGAGAUUGUAAAAGGAAAUCAGUGCAGAAUACCUUAGCUAAUAGAAAAACAUGGCAGUUCAAGGUUGAAUAUGGCUUCAUAGGUGAAGGAGUAAUUUGCUGCUCUUAAGACAGUUGGGUGUGUCUGUCUUUGCCCUAACCGAACUUUUUCCAGAUACCAAAAAAGAAAGAGAAAACAUGCAACUUCUUACAUUCCUCUUGAAAUGCUGACUGACAAUCUGAAAAGACGACAAUCAGAGCUGUGCUCAUCCUAUAUUUUGUCUGGUAAAACAGAGCAAUAAGCCACAGUAUUGUGUUGCUAUGCAAGGCUGGUGCGUGUCAUUGAUACACACCAAAGGUAUUUUGCCUUGAAACAACAUCAGUAGUGCAGAGAAGCACACAAGACCUGAUGUAGCUUAUCCUUUCUCUCUGGAAAAAGUUUAUAGCAGAAAGAUGUGGAAAAAUAGGGAAAAACAUAUGCAGCUUUCUUCUGUUGUUUGGAAUAACAACGUUUUUAAAUUUUCUAGUCUUUUUCUAACUUUUUAAGGUUCCCUCAACUAACAUCAGGAAUAGUUUGUAGCUUGCUAGCUUGUAUCUUAAUUCUGUUCCGUAUUUGGGUAUGACAAAAUCACUUGUUGCUUCCACCAGGGCAGCUAGACUGGAAGAGAAAAGGGCUUCGCCUUCCUUGCAACCUUUACCUGCAGCCUCUUCUGUCCCUAUUGUGCUCAGAACUGUUUUGAGCUGAAUGGAGAGUCCAAAACCACCCCCUAAUUCAGUUUUUUUUUGCAGAUGCCCCAGUUGAUGGAUUCCCAACUAUUUACUGGACUUGGCACAAAAGAGGAAGCAGUAAUUUCUUUGGAAAUGAUUCCCUAGGAGCAUAGUUAAAAUUGACUGUAUUUCAGGGAAGUUUGAGAGCUUGAGUGCUAAACACAGUUGGAAGAGGGUAUUUUUUUCUCUUCACCUAUUUAAAAAAAAGUGGGAAGAAAAAAUUUCCUUUUGUGUGGAUCAGCUGCGUUGUGCUGCUGGAAGGUGCUGGGUGGCUCUACACAUUUCUGAUAUGCCAAGCUACUUAAGUGCAACUGAAAAUACCUUAAUACUUAUAUAGGCUUGAACUGCAAAGGUGGGGGGGGUGCUUUGAAGUAGCUCCUUUCUCUCCUACACAUUUUUUUUUUGUGUGUAUGUAGAGAGAGAGAGAUUUUUUUCAUCCUUGUGUUGUUCAGGUAAGGAAACAGGUGAGCAGAUGUCACCUGUUAGAUUAUCACAGAAUUUUACCAAGUUGUUUUGGUGCUGGGAGCUGCUUGCAGUGACAGUAAACUGAUAAUAAGGUCAGUGGCAGCUGCAGAAGUGUAUAUGUGGGCAGGCUUAAGUCCUGAACAUCCCUUUACUUUUCCAGUUGCCCUUAGUAUAACUGCUGUUGUUCAGAAGUAUCUAAAUAAAUUAAAGCUAAAGUCUGGCUUCCCUGUUAAAAUACCCCUAACUUUGCAGAAAAAUCUUGAUUGAAUCUGCACAGCAGUUUGCUACAGGCACCAGUAGGCAGAGUAUUUCUGCCCUUCCUACCAUCAUGCAUCCUUUCUCCAAGCACAUUAUUCUCAGGUUUGUGCAGAGAUGAGCCUGAUGGGAGUCUGUGCCACUCCUACGCUGGGGGAGGUCAUUCUUUUUACUUUUAUGCUGUCAAAGCAGUGUAAAGGAAUCUGAAAGAGGCAGAAUUUGACCCUUAACCUUGCCCUCCUGCUUAGGUGAGGUUGGGACUGAUUCUUCUCCAAGAGGCGCUAUUUUUUUUAACCUUUGGAAACAGAACAAUCACCUAUGAAGUUGGUAGUCCAGUAUUGGCUCAGGCUUGGCAAGGGAAGCAAUCUUUCUUUCCCCACCCCCUCUCCCCCCCCUCUAACUUCCACCACCCAACUGACCAAGUUUCAGUGAAGCCAUUGCUAUCUUCCAUUCCAACUGUAAUAAUAUAAAUACAGUCUGGUUCUAAGCUUUGGAUUUUAAACUUGAGUUGUCACUAUUGUUUUCUUGUUUGUUUGUUUGUUUUUUAAAGGAAGAAAAGAAGCCAGCUUGGUUGCUUGAAAAGCACAACACAAGAGAGGAAAGGGUUACAGUAAGGCCUGACUGAUGUCUCUUCCCAUGAAGUCUGCUUUGUGCUGCAUAAAAGAAAAAAAUUAUAUUAGCUAUUUAUUCUUAACUUGUAUUAAAAAGAAUGCUGUUAGCCUUUGGAGUGGUUUGCCUGAUAAUACAUGCACAUAUGCAGGCUUAUGGGGCCAGACAAUAGAAGCCACAAGCUGGUAGCUGAGGAACCAAAAAAAUCAGACAUGCAUUAUAAGUAAACUUUUUUCAUUGAGUAGCAAAAAUAGCUGAAUUUCUUUAUUCCCUUUUUUUCUACCCUUACUGCAAACUUUGACAGCAGUAGGUUAUAGUGUUUAAUAUCCUUACCCCUAGAUGAAUUAAGUUGCAUUCAAUAUUGCUAUGAUGAUGCUAGAAAAAAAGCUCAUGUAAAAUUUUAUAGCCUCAAAUGGACACUGUCAAGUACUUUUAUAUUUUUAUACAUCCAAUUGUUUGUAAAUAUCCUCUGAUAAGCUUGAAAAUAAAAUUUAUUUCCCUAUCA